GAGUAUUAUACGCGUUUGCAUUAUGUUUAUUACCUGUCGGUCGUUUAGCUGAAGCUCAUGCGAUUAACUCACGCGCCGUCGAUCCUUUAGCGAGAACCUCCGAGUAUGACAUGUUUCAUAAGGACGAACGAUACCGACGCUUUCCAAGGCAGCCAAUCGUACAACCUCUGCCAUGACAAAUCACUAUACCAUACUGUAGAACGAUGUGUAAAACACAACUGCAAUGUCACCGAGAUCUUCGACUUCUUAAACCGAACGUCCCGAGCAUGUGAUAUGCCCAUCAAAGACCAUCGACAAGAAAUCCGAAUCAGCUGUUUGACAAUAGGCAUUUUGGCUAUGAUAUUCUUCACUAUGAGAGCCAUCUCAAAGAUAAUCGGCUUCGUGCCAUAUGGGCAUGACGAUAGUCUGAUAUUGGCAGCUCUGCCAUUUAUCAUUGCAUUCAAUGUUUUCUGUCAAGUCCUCACCUCGAAAGGCCUCGGACUCGACAUUUGGUUCGUGGAAGAAGAUGAUAUCCGCACGUUUCUUAUCCUGAUCUUCGCCUCCGAACUAUCGUACGCUACAUCCCUCGCUCUCGUAAAGCUAUCUAUUCUAGCCUUCUUCCUUCGCAUAUUCCCCGAUCAAAAAUUCCGCACCAUUGUUCGAUGGACUACGAUCUUUAUCCUUGUCAUGUGUCCCCUAUAUCUGGCACUUAUCCUGGCUCAACGAAGGCCACUUGACCUGUUUUGGAAUGGAUGGAAAGACAAAAAGCCCCGGGGUGUCAUCUUGAGUGGGAAUCUCAUAGGGAUAACCCAUGGUGUAUGGAAUGUUGCUUUGGAUAUUUGGAUGAUGAUUCUUCCAAUGACUCAACUGAUAAAAAUCGGGAUAAAGCUGAAGAAGAAGAUUGGAGUAAUUGCUAUGUUUGGAGUGGGCCUAUUCCUCACGAUCGUCAGUUCCGUUCGCAUCCCAAGCCUGAUAGUAUUUUCAACGUCACGGAACAUAACAGCUGACUCGGUCGGGAUAAUAAUCUGGUCAAAUAUCGAGAUUUGCGUAGGCAUGAUGGUGGCAUGCAUGCCUGGAGCACGUCAGUUCGUCCGAGAUAUUAUCCUGCGAGUGAAACGAGGAAGCGGAUCCGAUGGUUCUAGCACUGAAAACAUCUUCAUUGAGCGAACGAUAGAGACGAUUCAGACUGAUGCGGACGAAACAGCUAUGAGGUCUAUAGUGAGACCAGAGGAAGCGCUUUUGUCAAAAUGACAACCAAUUAUUGGCUGCAGUCACCGAGAUAGAAGGCAUAAUUAUGAUUAAUGAAAGCAAC